UGGAAAGGUCUUCCUGUCAGCAUCACACCGUUACUAUGAGAUCUGUGGAGCGAUCCCGCCUCAAGGUAAAACAAGAGGCAUUUGAUUCAACAUGAGUGCCUGGACUCAGUGUGGAUGGAGUCCAUGAAUGCCGUGGAGCUCCGUGAACUGGGGGAAUGUCCUCAGGCCUCCUCAGGACCACGGCCAUCGACCGGCAUUGAAAAUGCUUCAUUUGAAGAUGAAGAUCCGGGAACAAGGAUCCGCGUUACCUCCAGAGCAUCUGGACCUAAUUUCACAUCCAUUGACUCCCAAUCAAACCCGCUGCCUAUACAGAGAGAAGUGCCAUCGCCACGCUCCGAAGAUGAACCCGAGCUCGAGUAUAACGACCAUUCAGUGGACUACGGGUUCAUUUUCGCGCUUGUUUUCCUGGUGAGUGGCAUCAUAUUAGUGGUAAUCGCCUACACCAUCCCAAGAGAGGCAAAAGUCAACCCGGACCAAGUGACAGCGCGUCAGAUGGAGAAACUGGAGAUGUACUACGCACAACUCGGUUCUCAUCUCGACAAAUGCAUUAUUGCGGGACUGGGUUUGCUCACUCUGGGAGGAAUGCUGUUAUCUGUUUUAUUAAUGGUGUCUAUAUGCAAAGGAGAACUGUAUCGGCGGAGGACUUUCGCUAGAAGACCCAUGAAAUCAUACGGAUCCAUUAACAUGAGGAUGAGGCAGUUAGCUGAAGGCGAUGGGAGGGAGACGCUUGUGGAAUGUGAACCGAACACCGGCGCCGAUGCAGCCAACGGUAAUCAGGUUCCUCCAGGAACACUAAACACGUAGCACAACCCAAUCACACUGAAGAGUUACAGUUCCUAAAGGACGAAGUACUUGCAAGGCAGCAGCAUGAUGUUUUUGUCAAUUGAAGAUUUUGACUUUUAAAUUAAUUGCUUUAAGUUCAAGGUUGCUACCGACAUUACGUUCUGUUGUGUUGCCAGAUCUCAGUAAAAUCAAUUGAAAAGAAGCCAGCAACA